AUGUGCCGCGUCGUACUGCUCAACCAGACCCAGUACGUCAACCAUCAGUUGGGAGCGGGGCUCCCAAGUAUCCCAGGACGGGGGAUAAGCCGCGCCAUCGGACGAGAUAACUCGUCCGACGUCCGUUCACGUCGCGGUGGUUCAACAGCUGCUCAACUAGAUAGCGCUGGCCACCGCGAGAGUCCUCUAAUGGAGGUGGAGGAGGAGGAAAGACGCUCUCCACACGAUCGUGGGGAUCCGUGUGUUCCCGAGAGCUUCUUUGAUCGCGUAACGCAAGGGUUACGCAGCGAUCUCGAACAUGAGCGGGACAGUCGUCUCCAAAUGGCGGACACUGCCUCGAAGCAUCGAGCUGAGUUUGCCUUUGCUCAGCUUGAGAACGAGAGAGCUCUGACAUCUCUUCGUGACGAGCUAAGGGUAGCUCGUGGGAUUGUUGAUCGGUCUCGGGAUGAGAUAGCUGCUCUUCAGACCCUUGUUGAUGCCCACCAUCGGGAGCACAAGGCUCUCUGCGAGAUGCUUGAGCGCAAGGGCGUUCUUCAUCGGAAGAAGCAGCGUACUGGUGGUACGGCUUAA